AUGACCUCCAGAUUUAACGGGGAAGACCUGGUCAAGCGGUCGCUGUUCGUGUCGUUGAUCGGGCUCAAGAAGAAGAACAAAGAUGAAGCCGCCAAGAAAGGUAAAGCUCGAUCGAUCGAAGUUUGUAGGUCACCGUUUUUUAAGUUUAAAUCAGGAUUAAAAAUUAGAUUUUUGAAGCAAACUUCUUAAAGAUUAUAGAGAACCAUAAUCCUCACUGGAUCAGAAAAGUUAUAUAAUUAUAAAAGGUGUUUAUCUUCUACCUAUAUGAACAUCAGAUUUUUUAAAAAUUGUAAAUUAGAAUGCAAUCCAAGAAACAUCACAUCAGAAUCCUUUUUAGAACCCUCAAAUCCAUGGAGCAACUUCAACGUUAACGACUUCAACGAAUCCACAGAUCCGUGUUCUACAAGCACUUUACUUUCACAUGACAUCCAACCCGUAGAUCAGUUGGCCGAGAAUCUGUUGACAGAUCAGAUGCAAGAUGUUCUACUCACUUCGCCCCCUCCAGACACUCCAAACGUAGCCUCCCCUCUAGAUAUAUACCACGAAAUAGUUAAUGAAUGUGCAAACUUUGAACAACAACCAAUUCCCCCUUACUAUGACAAACAGGUAAGUCACUUACUAUUGUAGCCGUAGUAACAGAAUUCUGAUCAUGAUUUUAAGAAGAUAAAGCCAUUUUGAGAAACUAAUGUAUAAAACGAUGACAUCCUUUAGGUCGAUAUGUUGGCAUGGACACCCGAACUGCCACCGCAUCCAAUGACACCCACCACCAACUACCCUCCACCAUGCUACACAGCUACACCCGAACCAGUCAUGUGCCCCAACUGUCACUAUAUCAGUAACCCCAUACCGGUAUCUCAAUCACAACAAUAUAAUGGUAUUACAAUUCCACACACAGUAAACGGAAUCUCAAUAGAAGAGCUGGUCAAGAUGAUCAUUUCGAAGGUCAAGAAUUCCCCAGAAGAAGUGAAAGAAACGCCGGAAGAGACGUUGAAACGGAAACGACAGCAGGUAAAGGAUUAUAAGUUAAUUAUACUUAGUUUAAUGAGUUAUUUCUUAAUGCUGGCAAGCUUGCCAAAUAUAACAUAGAAAAACAAAAAGGGGACCUACAUUAACAUAAAACACGCAAUUUUCUUAACUUUCAAAGUAUAAAACAACCAAUACAUCAUGGUAUACACCUUCAGUUCAUCGAACAUACAUACAUUUUAGAACAACGAAGCUGCCGCACGUUACCGUAAACGACAACGCGAAGAGAAAGGUACAAAGUCCGGCGAAUACGACGAGCUGUUCGAAAAAAACAAACUCUUAAAAAUUCAAAUCGGACAGAUUCAGAAGGAGAUGAGCAGCCUGCGAAAACAUAUUUUGAGCAAUAAAUAA